AUGACUCAUUUAUAUGAUUUAUAAGAAUUUAAGGAAGCCUUUGCUCUUUUUGAUAAGGAUGGAGAUGGAACUAUUACUAUAAAAGAAUUAGGUAUGGUCAUGAGAUCUUUGGGUUAAAAUCCAAGUCAAUAAGAUCUAAAGGAAAUGAUAAAAGAAGUAGAUUUUGAUGGAAAUGGAAUGAUUGAUUUUAAUGAAUUUUUAGCUUUGAUGGCCAAUAAACUAAGAGAUACUGAUUUAGAAGAAGAAUAUAUUACAGCAUUUAAAAUAUUUGAUCGAGAUGGAGAUGGAUUAUUAUCAGCUCAAGAAUUGAAACAUGUCCUUAUUAAUAUGGGCGAAAAAUUAUCUGAUCAGGAUGUUGAAGAUAUGAUUCAUGAAGUUGAUAGUGAUGGAGAUGGUUAAAUUACUCUUGAAGAAUUUAUUAAAUUAUUAAAUUGGAAAUGA